UCGCGCGCGAUAUAAGUGUAGUCCCACACAUAUCGAAUCAGAGUUAAUCGAGGAUUCGCACGCAACCGACGAUUCCGCAAAGUUUGCGAGUAAAAAUAAAAGCGUUUGUUUAUUUAUUACAACGACGAGAAUAAUGAUUAAAUUAACUUUGUUACUGUUGGUUGUCAUCACCAUCGUCCAAGCCUUACCAUUGGGUGAAACUGAUAUAUCGAAUGCGGCGGCAGACGGAAAUUGGGACUUGGUGCAUAAACUAAUCAGUGAGAGGUUCAACGACAAAACUGUCUGGGAGCCAAGCAUCUCGAGUGGAAGUGUACGCAGCUUAAGACCUCCUCAAGGCGGUCACGUGUAUGGAGAGGCCGAGUACGCAUUCCACGAGUCAUCUAACAUCAACGGCAAGAAAACUGAAAGAAGCGGAGGCCACAAAAUAAUAAACAAUGACGGAAGAAUCCACGAAUACGAUUUCGAUCCGAAGUUCUAAAAUAUGACCGAAUUCUUUGACUGUUAACUAAGGAAAAGUUUACAUUUGUAGCAAUUUUAAGGCAGCGAAACGCCCAAGUCACAAGAAAAAUAGGAUAUCACAUAACUAUACUCUUUAGAAAAAAAUCUUUCAGUCAACACAUUAUAUACUUUUUAUGUAGAAUACAAUUUUAAUGGGCGUCGAUAUUUUACUACGAAAGUUUGUAUCCUGUACAGAUUUUAAAAAUACGUGAUUUUUUGUGUCUGAAAUGCUUGAAAGCAAUUUAUUGAUUAAAACAGUGAGAAAUUAAAUGAUGAUUCCACAUCAUUUACAAGUCUUUUUUGCUGCUUUACUAAAUAUCUAUGGUGGCGGUAUCCGGUGCAUUAAAAUGUUACAUAUGUGAACACAGAAUCAAUAAAAUAAGUCAGUAGAAAUUAUUGGCCUAUGAGUUUUUAAAGUUAUUUACCAUAAAUAAUUAAGCGAGAAAAUAGUUUACAGUGGCUGUAUAACAUUCAUUCGUCAAGCCUCAUAGACAAAAAGAAACUACCGCUUAUAAGCAUGAGAGUGUAACAUAAUUUUUUUAUUAAAUACGCAUUAUAUGUACGCAUUAUGAAUACUUAAAACUCAUGGGCCAUUUCGUAAAUACCAAAUCAUAAUAAUAAUACAAUAUAUGUAUAACAAUACAAUUUGUAUUGUUUCAGUAAUAAGAUCCGUUUGAAUUUUAAUUUAUACUAAUACUAAAUACUAAAACAAGAAAAUUAACAUUCACUAUAAUUAAAAAAGAACUUUUAAAAAUGUGUAGCAGUUUAGAUUUGUAUUAAUUAAUAAUUUAGUAUAUGGAAUACAAUAAGUGCCAUUCUAAUUAUUAUUUUAAAAUUACAUUAUUAUAAUUAUCUUUUAACGUAUUAAGUGUAGAAAUAAUGUUCGAAGAAAUAAUUUACCUGCUGAAUGAUUAUGUUACAGAGUUACAUUAUAAUUCUAAGUUGCCGAUUUCAUUGCUGAGAGAGCAAAUUAUAGUAAUUUCUCUAUAUGUAAUUUUAUUUGUCUAGGUUUGAAUGAAUUCAAAUUAAUUACAAUACCAUCAUUUGUGAAAUUAUUUAAUCGGAUAAAGUACAAUGUAAAACUGGAAUCUGUGAUUAAAAUCUAGAAAUAUGGAAUAAAACAAUAUUUAGAUACAUUCUAUUUCGAUAUUUUAUUCAAUAUCCCCAUCUUAGUUUUUUUUUGUUCCAUAACUGAACAAUAGUCAUGAGUUAAAAAAUAACUGGUAUGUUAUAAUUAUAAAGUAAUCGGGCAAUUGUAACACAAUAUAUUUUAUAAAAGAAUUGGACAGAAUUAUUUCUUAAUUUAGAAUAAGAAAUUGAAAAAGAAAGUUAUUUUCUCAACAGUGGACAUAAAGUUGUAAAGAAGAAAUACUUAUAUUUAUAAUACACCCCAAAAUACUCAAUUAUUAUGUAUGGAUUCGAAUAAAAAAAAUGUUUAUUUCAUGAAGAGCUUAUUUUUCAAUUAUGUUGUCAACGGCAGAUUUUAAUAACAUGAUUUAAAAGAUAUGAAGUAAAUAUAUUUCUUAAUGAAAAAUGCAAAAAAAUCCACUAUGUCCCUGGUACUCUGAGUUGGGUACUAAGAUAAUAUGAAAAGAGAUAGGUUCUAAUCCCAUCUCAACGUACCAGGCCAAAGUGGAAUUUUUAAGCAUUUUCAUUAAGAAUAUUUUACAGGAUAGCAUUGUGAAUACAAAAUUGAAUAAAUAAAAUAUAUUAUCCUUUGUUAAUUUUCUAGAAAUCUUCAUGAUAAUAUGUAGGUAUCUGUUCUGUACAGUUUUACUAUGCUAUGAUGGCACA